GAAUGCACGCAAUAAGAAACAGCUUAACAGGCAGUUAGGAAACCAUAAUAAUCAGACCUCUGUGAAAAUAGGCAAUAAAGUAAAUUCUCAGUCAUCAUCGACCCUCCAAUUCGUUCAGUGGCUUACGUUAUUAUUCCGAAAUUCAUUUAACUUGUUAACUGGCGCAGUCGGUAGUCCCAGGGUGUGUUAUUUCGAAGUUUUCAAAGUGUUAUUAAAAUCAAGUUGGUGGUACGUGAAAAAUAAAUUAGCGGAAUUCAAUUUUUCAGUUAACGCCGCGAUCAUAAUCAUCACCGCGAAACCUUUCAGAUACUACCACCCUGGAGACGGAGAACCUUCGGUUAAGUGUAAAGUAGACAAAAAUAUAUAUAACAUUACAAUUGUGUCGGAAAAAUGGAAGCAGAAAAUUUAAUGCAACAAGUGCGUGAAUUAAACGAAAAGCUCCAGCAACGAGAGGAGCAAAUCAGCCAGCUACAGGCUCCGUGUACAAAAUUGGACGCUCUGGCAGAACAGAUAGUUCUAAAAAUUGGACAACAAGAGGAUAACGUAUCUGAGCUAAUUUUUCCAGGAGUCUAUAGAACAACGAUUUCACGGCCGGACUACGAUUCCAGAACUGCUAUCACGAUUUUUCAUGAAUACAUGCACCAUAAAAAAAAACAGGACGUGCUAACUAACGAGGAUCAAAACAGGAUCAUAGAAGAGACACAUCAGAGAGCACAUCGAGGGGCAGAUGAGAACUAUGCGAAAUUCAAAAUAUGUUGGUUCUUGUUCAUCAGCCUAUUGGGUAUAACAAAUUCAUCCCAAUUACACAUACAAAAUCUGUACGAAAAUCCCCUAUUGAUAACCAGCGAGAAAUUGUGUAGGGUGCAGACAGGGAAUAUUAAGAUCAUCCAUCCGAUUGAUAUGUAUGAAAUAGAACAAACUGUUAAUUUAUUAACAAGCUUAUCUUACACAAAGUUUGAAGAAAAAAAUCCAUUAACAAACAUUAUAAAAUAUAGGAUAAAAAAAUUGUACACAAAUUUCUAUCACAUCAAACCGCAGAAUCAUAGUAGACAGAAACGAUGGGACAGCUUAGGAUAUGGGUGGAAGUGGAUCGCAGGAUCACCGGACGCUCAGGAUUUGCGAAUAAUUAACUCAACAAUGAACGACCUUAUUGAACAAAACAACCAGCAAUAUCAAGUUAACGUCCAGAUCAAUGAACGAAUCAAAUCACUAACGAAUGCAGUAAAUCAAAUUACAUCUAAUCUACACACAGUAAAGAUCAUUUUGGAUGAAUUGAAGGUGAUCACUAUUAUUUUGAACAUCGACAUAAUAAACACCCUGUUAGAAGACAUUCAAGAAGCAAUUAUUUUAUCAAAAACAUCAGCGAUUAACGGACGAAUGCUCUCUAUCCAUGAAAUAUCCGUGAUAAGAACCCUGCUCCAAAAUCAAGGCAUAGAAAUACAGUUACCUGACGAAGCUCUUCAAUUUGUAACACCCAAGAUAGUCGUCAACAAAGAGAUGCUGUUAUACAUCUUGAGUGUACCUCAGCUACAAAACAGAACGUCUACUGUCAUUAGAAUUUAUCCAUUGGUACAAAGAAACCAGAUGAUACGAAAUACUCCAACGCACCUUAUAAAAAACGAGAAUACCCUUUAUACCACCACGAAUCCUGAAGAUUAUGUACAAAGGUCAUCGAAUUUAAAGGAAUUUACAGAUAAAUGCGUUGUUUCACUGAUUUUCGGUAGGAAAACAGAAUGUGUUUCCGGGACACAAAAUAAAACUCUACAAAACUUCAUUUCUGAAAACAACCUUCUCAUUCGCAACGCAAAAAAUCAAACUUUAAUAUCAACAUGUGGACCAAAUAAUCGAACAUUGGAAGGAAACUUUCUAAUCAACUUCGACAACUGCACAAUAUUCUUCAAUGAAGAAAAAUUUUACAGCAGUGAAUAUACUGCCAAGCUAGAUAUAAUCCAGGGAGCAAUGCAUAAUGUCAAAGUAUACUGGAAACUUCAGAAAAUUUACGAUAUCGCACACGUAAAUAAUCAAACUAUCAGCAACAGAGAAACAUUGAAACAUGUCUACCUCAGGCAAAACGAAUUUGACUUGAAACUUUGGGGAAUCUUCGGGGGAUUGUCAACCGUCUCCAUGAUCAUUGUUGCUUAUAGCAGCGUCAUCGUAUUCAGGACCUACAACCUUUGUUUUUGGAUGAGAGCAGGAAAACGUCGUAUGAAAACUCAACGAGAUUCCGAAAAGGGACUUUCGGAAGUAGAAGAGGGAGCAGUUACAAAAGGAUCACCCACAAUACUUAUCGAGCAUCCCGAUAUCAACAACACAACAACAACAAGCGAUCGCUCCACGCCACACGAUGUGAACCAAAGUGUCAUCGAACGAACGAACGUUGACACACAUUCUAACAAGCUGACCACGCACCAACAACGACACCCAGAAUGCACGCAAUAAGAAACAGCUUAACAGGCAGUUAGGAAACCAUAAUAAUCAGACCUCUGUGAAAAUAGGCAAUAAAGUAAAUUCUCAGUCAUC